UGACAGAUUUGAACCUCAGCAAUAAUCACUUGGGCUGGCGCAAAACCGAAAAGCUUUGCUGGAGUUUCCGACGAACAGCCUAGUGUGCCUCAAUCUCAGCGACAACAACCUAUGCCAGCUGCCCCUCAGUGUGUGCUACAUGAGCAACCUGGCAAGCCUGGACAUCAGCAGAAACCCUUUGAAAGACCUUCCUCCAGAGAUGGGCAGGUUGACCAACUGUUGGGACCUGAAACUUCAGGAUCUAAACAUCCAAAACAGACAACUUCGUGAUGUUAUACAAGGCAACAGAGCUCAGGAGAUUAUAGGGCACUUGAGAGAUCAGCUGCGUAGAGUCGAAUCCACCUACAUUCUGAAGACAAUAGUCCUCGGGCCCCCGGGCAAAGGAAAAAGUACAGUGAUCAGGACUUUAGCACCCAACUGUGGCAACACAUUUUGCGACACAAUCAUCCCAACUACUGUCUCCACUUUUAAAGAGAGCAAAGUCAAAAUUGAAGGGCGAAAGGAUAAGCCUAAAGUAACUUUACGCAUCUGGGAGCUACCGGGUACCUUAGAGCUCAUGGCCAUGCACCCUGUUCUGUGGACUGAGAAUUGCCUUUUCCUGCUGGUGUGGGACAUGGCAGCUGGCAUUAACCAUCUUGACCACUGGCUCUGCGGCAUCAAGGCAAGACUGGAGAAGGCGUCAGUAAUAAUUGUUGGGACAAUGUGCGAUAGAAUUCAGCCAUCAGAUGUGUUAAGAAGGAAAGAGCAAUUCCUUCAAGACAUUAACAAGAUGUAUGAACAGGGCGACAAGAACUUUGAUGUCUUUCCCAAAGAUGAUCACAGAGGAAUCUACCCUCAUCUGUCUGAUGUAGUGCUUGUUGGCUUAGGAAGCACACAGGGAAUGAGACAGGGCACGCAGCAACUGAGAAGCGCAGUCUAUCUCUCAGCUCUCAGUUUUAUAAAGAAUCCAAGCAUUAGAGAAUACAUUGUAGGUCAGAAGUUACCACAAAGUUACUUGAAGAUUGACGAAGUUCUUAACCAAAAGCAUGCUGAAAGGUUGAUGAACAACCAGCCACCAUUCCUAACAAAGACAGAAUUUGAUGAGCUUAUUAACACUGUACCAGAUACAGAUUUCCAUACAUUUGAUGAUCUUCAGGAAGCUGUCACUGUGUGGUGUCAGAUGGGAAGUUUACUCCAUUAUGACGUCUGGACAGAGGGACUCUGUAAUCUGUAUUUUCUGGAUCCUGACUGGCUAGUUCGUAUGAUAGCAGCAGUGCUUUUGCCAUCAAGAAAUACUCCACCACAUAGGCAAACCCUGAGCACUGUUCAGCAAACUCUUACCAAUAAGGGUCUUCCAGAGGACAUCCUCAAGGCAUUCCUUCAGCUUCUGAAGCACUUUGACAUUGGCGCUGAAAUCACAGAGCAAGAUCAGAAUAUUCUUCUUUUGCCAUGUCGCCUACCACGGGAAGCACCAGGACUGCAACUCCACAGACAGCAAUAUGAACGUAAACUACUUCGGUUCUAUUCUCUGCCUCACGUUCCUGCUCGCCUGUGGUCCCGCCUGAUUCUGGGUCUGCUUCUGUCAAAAGAAAGGUUCUCACAGUCACGCUGGUUCUUAGGAGCCAGACCUCAUGAAGAGGAAGGCUCAGACAAAACACUUCAUUCCAGCCGGCAUGGCUUUAGGAUGCAGCGGCUUCACAUGAUGUACUGGCAGACAGGAUUGAGCAUGACCUUUGAUGGGGGCUCGGUGGUGAUGGAAACAUGUGUGUAUCGAGUAGAAGGAAGGGAAAUCCCAGGAAUCUUGAUCUUCAUCAGCAGCAUAACCCGAAGCCUUUCAAACCUAGCUGUUGUUGGAUUUGUGUCUGACGAGCUGUAUGCUGCCAUUCAAAAUAUCUUUCCACAUCACUGUGAAGAUCCAGAAGUUAUGAAUGUCUUUGCACUGUGCCCUGUGUGCCAUGACAGUGUUGAACCAGGGCAGGGCACUAUUGAGGGCACUAUGCUGCACUUUGAGCUGCAUAAGUGUGCAGCUGCGCUGCUACAGGGAGACUUUGCACUUUGCCACACAGGGUGUAGGGUGGCUCUGGAGGAGCUUGUACCAGAGUUCCUUUUCACUGAACUUCCUCGUAAAUUUCAUCUGCAUAUUGAGGACAUUCAGGUGUCUAGCACAAAGCUUGGCGGUGGAGCCGUUGGGAGUGUUUUCAAGGGUAAACUGGGUGACAAAGAUACAGCAGUCAAGGUCUUCUAUUCCAAUGAAUUACCAACAGGUAGUCCUGCAGGAGACAGUGGUGUGUCAUCGGUGUCAAGUGGAGGCUCACAGACAAGUACUGGACAGCCAGCUGUUGAUGUGGUAAAUCCUCCAGCUUCUCCAACUGUUGAAAGCACAGAAGUGCAUGAGGAACGACCUGUGAGUGACAUUGUCUAUGGAAAUUUUGCCAAGCAGGAAGAGCUCUUCAACUGGUUGAUGGAAGACCGUAAUGAAAGUAGAAGUUUGAAGAUAUGCAGGGCAUUCUCUGAACUUCGGCAAGAGGUAGCCAUCCUCAGCAAACUUCGUCAUCCAUGCAUAGUUGCUCUGUAUGGUGUAUGUGUUCGCCCGAGUCUUCUAGUUGCCCUGGAACUGGCUCCGCUGGGUAGCCUUCGGUCUGUUCUAAAAGCAAAUGUCUCACUGAGGCCCCCAUUCAACAAAUACACUGACAGGGAUAAAAUCUUCUGCUCAGUACUUCACAAGAACAUCACCUUUAAAAUCAUAUAUCAGGUUGCCAAUGGUUUGCACUACCUGCAUAAGAACAAGGUCUUAUAUCGUGAUCUAAAAAGUGACAAUGUCUUGAUUUGCUCUCUGGAUCCUUCUGACGACAUCAAUGUCAAGAUUUCAGACUAUGGCAUUUCCAAAUUUGCUACACCUCAAGGCAUGAUGGGAAUGGUUGGCACACCUGGGUACAUGGCCCCAGAGAUCAUGUAUGGCCAGGCAUACGAUGAAAAGGUGGAUAUUUUCUCAUUUGCCAUGGUUAUUUAUGAGACUCUCACUGGUCACCAACCAUUUGAGAGUUAUCCCCGCUUGCACCAGCUUAAUCAAAUCAUCAACUUUGAACGCCGCAGGCCAUCCCUUAAAGAAUACAAUGUGGUACCAUGCUUUCCUUAUUUGGAAUCUUUAAUGCACGAGAUGUGGGAACAUGAGCCAAACAAGCGACCAUCAGCUGUGGAUGUCAUGAAAAGAAUGCAGGAUGUGAGCUUUCUCCUUCAGUGUGCAUACAUCAAGGACCCAGAAGAGUCACUUAGCCGCAAAAGUCUGUUCCCAACAGACAACCUGGCUAGCUGCAUUUUUUGCAACAUCACUUGUGCGUGGGCAUCACAAGAGCCUUCAAUCAUCAAGAACCGCAAUACUUGUUGGAUCUGGGAGUUCCCAACUAAAGAUACUGGAGACAGACGUCUGAGUGUCUACAAUCUAGCAUCCAACCAGUUCCACAUCCAUCGUAAGACCAGCCCAGGACAUCCUGUCACAUGCAUGACUAAAGUUGGAUCCUGUAUGUGGGUAGGAGUCCAGGCCAAAUACAUAGAAAUAUUUGGUAACUCCUGCACUGAUAUUCCACGUUGCCAGAAUCAGCUUGGUAAGCUGCAAGCAGAGCCCAGAUGCAUCAUUCAUGACAAACAUAACCCAAAGAAGUCCUUGGCAGAUGGAGAGGGAUUUGUGUAUGUGGGGUUGUCAGAUGGCACCAUAGCAAUAUACGAGCACUACCGCUGGCAUCGUAAUGACUUCACGCAUGAAUGGAAACUAAGAAAAGAGCUGACACUACGCACCACACAGCCUGUCAGUGCCAUGUGUCUGGUACCAAACCUAAGUAAGCAUGAGCUAUGGGUUGCCUGUGGACAUGCUUUGUUUGUGGUUUCUUCAGACAAUUUCUUGGUAGCAGAGAAGCUUUGUGUCAAAAAGGAGCUGUCUACCUCAGCAGAAAUGGUAUCAUCGAUCGCCUGCAUUGUCAAAGCGGAGGACAGUUUGUGGUGUUCCUUCAAGGGGUCACCCCUCAUUGUGGAAUUUAGCAUUUCUCAAAAGAUGGUUUUGUGUGCAUUAUGUUUGGAGGCUGACAUAAUAGAGGAAAUAUCCAUAGAGAAAAUAAAACUGCAUAGAACAUCAGACUGCCAAGAGUGCAUUGAAGAAAGAGGUCACAGACAACCUGUGCAGCAUGGGAAACCAGGGACAUCAGAGGACCCAACGGAAUUACCACCACCACGUCCUCCAAGGUCUACAAUCUUGUCAUCUACCUUGACCUCAGGUAUGAUGAGCUCUUUCCCUGGGGAACCACUACAACCGCAGAAUCGUGUAGAAGAAGAUCCACCACAAGUGCCCCCUAGACGAGGGAGAUCAAAGUCAGAAAACCACACCCUUGGAUUUGCAAGAGAGUUAAGUCCUCCAAUACCUCCAAGACGUACUUUACCACCAGAGCAUCAUAAGGUGCAUGUUCAGUCUCUUCUCAUCAUCAGGGGCAUGCUGUGGGUGGGAACCAGUAAAGGGGAAGUUAUUCUUAUCAACACUAAGGACCUGUCAAAAUCACAGGAUACAGCAAACACGAGCUACUCCCAUCCUGCUGAUAGAGCUGCAGAAACCAGUUCUCGACCUGAAGACACUGUACGGACAUCAGUGAACACAGACUGUGGACAAAUAUGCAGCUUGAAACCAAUCAUGCUGACAACUGCGAGAGCUUUAAACCCUGAUUCACAAUCAGGAAGUGUGCAUUUCCUGUUGCAGGCUCAGAAUCUUGUGGUUGCAGUGCAUAAUAUGGGUUGUGAUGGAGAUGGACUAAAUGAGGUUACAAUGUGGGAAGAAUGCUCAUAUGAGCAAAUCACAGAAAUCCGGCAGUAUUGGCAGUCACUGAGAGUGCUAAAAGCUCGUGUCGAGCAGGCAGACAGUCUAGAUGUUUUAAAAAACAGGUAGCCCUUAUUGUCAUAUCCUUCUAUAUUUUUGUAUGUGAUAAUUUUUGCAGGAAUGCUCAUAGUGAUAACUUUGGUGGGCUUAUGAUCAUCUGCUUGUCUUUGUCUAAUUAUGGCAUGUGGACAGACAAGUGGAGAAUUUUUUGCUGUUAUUUUCAGUUUGUGUCCAAAACAAAUGUAACAAUCUGAGAAGCUUUUAUGCUUAAUGUAAAAUCUUAUGAACGUUGAGGUCAGGUGGAGCCUUGUUUUACAGACAAGUUUUAUUUAGUCUUAUACCUUUUUCUGCUUCAUGCAGUUAAUUAGUCACUGUUUAAUUUUUGGUCUCCUUUAAUUCUGUCCAUUUUUUCUCCCACUAAUUAGAUGACUUGCAUAGGAGUGGCCCUAUGCACCACUAAGGGUGAUUAGGAACAAGAAAAAUUUGAUGACUGUAUGCCACCAUGGAAACAGUGUAUAAGUGGAUUGCUAUCUGCCAAGACCAUCGCUUAGCCUUUUGCGAAGUGAUCCACUGUUAGUCUCGGUGAGCUGUAACAAAGAAUGUGAAUAAACGUGGAAGCUAUGUUCGUCUAAUGCCUCGUUUUAGUAGUUAAUCUGAAAUGUGAAUAAACGGAAGAUGUCAUUAAAUGCCUCGUUUUAGCAGUUAACUGGAAAAAAUCGUCCGCCAGCAGUCCAGGUAUAUUAGUUCGCGGUUUAUAUAUGAAUCUUCAAGUCAUAAGCAUAGCAUUGUUCCCUGCUUAUUUAUACAUUCAAAAGGACAGUAUUUGUACUUUUCAAAGCUACAAAAUACAGGGUUGACAAGGUAAUAUGUUGAGACUGUACAUGUUUUUAGGAAAAGUAUUACUUUUUAUUGGAACUCUUCUCUCUUCAAACAAACAAGUAUUUCAUGUGUGUCAUUAUAUAAAUGCCACAUUUUGACCAACAGAACAUUGGUUGGUUAAUUUUGGGUCAAAUAUAUGUUGCAGGUAUCAUUGGGCCUUUUUUUUUCAUUAAUGCUCAAGGCAUUUGUAGACAGUGACAUUUUUCUUGUUUUGUGCAUCUUGAAUGUUCUUUGAAACAAAGUCUCAGUCUCAUUUUACAAGAAAAAAUAGCUACCAGUAUUUAAUGGAAUAAAUUUACUGCACAAAUCAAGUAUAUUGUUUUCUAGCAUAGUGUCAUAUUCAUAUUUCUUCUAGAAAUGACAAUUUUUCAGAAACUAGUUUUAUAAUGGACUAGUUAUUAAAAGACUGCAUUAAUUUAUCAUGGCAAAAGUACCUGUGAGCAUGACAGUGACAUUUGGGUUUGUAUAUUGGCUCUCACACCUCUCUGAAUCUGACACCUGUUUACAGGACUGAGAGGGAUUUAUUCUGAGUACUCCUGUUUCUUUCAUUCUGUGUGUGUGUGUGUGCAUGAUCACAUGCAAGAGAGAGAGAGAGCAAGAGAAUUGUGAUUUAAACAUGCAAUUCAUUUAAGUGAAUGAAUUUGUAAGACAUGUUUGAUGGAUGCUGAUAAUGUGUGUUCAUCCAGCUUGUAUGUAAAGUGCUUCAAAUAAAUUUUGUUUUUCAUGUACAAACUCAUGGCAGCACAUAAUGUGUUCAAGGUUCAGCAGAAUUAGCAGAAUAAAUCACGCUAUAUCAGUGAUGUUAGACAAGCAGAACAGAGUUGUACAUUACUGUACAAAAGACUAAAAUCUGGGAUUUUCUGUAACGUUUUACUAUACAUAGUGAGUGCAAAUGCAUACAUACCUAAUGUGUUUACGGACACGUGGAUAUGUGCAUUUGUGGUGUUUUUAUACGUACACGUUUGGUAUUCAGAGGAGCUAUAGUGAUUGACAAUUCAUGUAAUGAGAUAGGCAAACAUCAGAAUCUCCUGUUCCAGCCGACAAGCAACUGACAUAUCAGUGUUAUUUUAUGUGACAUAUUGAAAAUGCUAAAGCAGGUGUACUGAGUGUAGUAUGUGUGUGUGAGUGCAUAAAGUGAUUGUCUAAUAAUAAAAGGCAUUUAGGAUAAAUAUUGUAAUGUGUAUCAUUUUUAACAUUAUUAAAAGCAUUAUUAAUGGUAGGGAAGAGUUCUCUUUUUGCAUCUUCAGAGUUUAAAGAAUUUUAGGAUAAUGUGUACAACUUUGAUAGAUCAUUGUUUUGUUGAUUUUAUGAUAAACAGUAUAGUUUAAAAUUCAGGGCUCAGUUGUACAUUUUGAAUUUUUAAAACAUUUAGGUUUCAAGCUAAAAGUGUAGAAUGCCUGUAUACAGCUUAAAAGCAGUUUCAUAAAAACGCUUUUUAAAUUGCUUCUAAAAAUUAGUCUUAAGGUUUAGAUGUGUUGUACAACGAGCCCCAGCAUAUCAAUAAAGAGCGAGGAAUGCAGUAUGAAGACAUAUUUAAAUAAAUUUGACUAAUAGAACUUACUGCUUUCUAGUCACUGGUAAAAGGCACAAAAAAUAUGAGUUUCUGACAUAUUAUGUUUGCAAUUUAGUUCUUAUUUAUCUGUCAUGUGAGUCUACGGUAUGCUCGAUUUUUUAUCCAUCAAGAUAUCACUUUCCUUUUCCUCCAUAGAUGACCACUUUGACAGUUGUAGCAUUUCAACAUAUUUUUGUUUUACAAAUUCCUUGUUCCUAUUACACUGUUAGUGCAUAUAUAUUGAAUCAUAGUAUGUCAGCAUGUGAGUUUAAGGCCUUUAGUUGUGUAUUGUGUCAUAAUACUCUAAGGUCAGUCUGCAUGAAGGAAUCAAUAAAAUCUGUCAAGGAUCAUGUACAAA